ACAAUUUUCGGUGCGUUGUUCUUUUGCCUGCCUGCCUGCCGACCUGCCCGGCACAGUUUGCCAUAGACAUCGUAACCUUUUUUUUGUAUCACGUUCCUAAUACACAAACACCAGACAUCGAAUACGAACACUGCCUUAAAUAGAAUAAUUUAAAAUAAAACGCAACAAAACCAACCGAUACCGAAAAUCUGUAAAAAGCACACCACAACCAUGGGAUCACCCCGGUCCCAUGUGAUGUCACUAAUGUGGCGCCUGCUAGUCCUCGCGCUGAUCCUGAACGCCUGCCAUGCAGCGGCAAACAAUAUCAAGCAAACGAACUCCUUGGGGGAGGACCUUAGCUUUGCUGAUGACGAGAGUCCGGCCUCCUUGAUGUCCGCCAACGACAAUGCUAUUGAUUUGGAUAAGGACUCGUUGCUGCCUGUCGACGAUUUGGAAGACGACGACGAUGGCGGCUGGUUUAAAAGCGCAGCCCGCCGCGUCCGUCGCGAGGUCGCCCGAUUUUUCGGCAGCGACAAUGGCUCAUUGAAGUCCACCAAAAAGCGAACGCACGCCGGUAAGCUCACCGCCAAACGAGACGCAGAGGAGCGCCGGCGUGAGCGUUUAGUGAAGCGCACGCAGCAGCAGCACGAGCGCAAGCUGAAGCGUCAGCAGAAACGUCAGCUGAAGAAGCAACAAGCAUCGCUUUCCAGGAAACGCCAAGCCGACUAUGAUGACGAGCCCGGCUCCGGCUUUGGCAACGACGACGACGAAUCAUCCUCCUACUACCGCACCCUCUUCACCAUCUCGGAGCCAUACAAGCAGGAGUAUGCGGAUCAGGACAGCUUGGCUUUCCGCCAGCUCUACGAGCAGAUUGACUCUGCGUUCACCGAGCUCUUCCAAUCCUGGUACCACAGCAAUGAUGACGACGACAGCAGUAUACGCGUAACGCUCCUGCGAGUGGACCCCACUCAGGAUACGUACAAGGUGCACGUCAUCGUGCAGCUGGAGAUUCUGAAUCGCUUCCAUACCUUCGAGGAGAAGUUGAAACAGCAGAUCGAGAAAUACGCGCGCAUCGGCUCCCUCGGGGCUGGUCUAGACGAGCACUACUACUUCAGGAAAGUGCGUGAAAACGAUCCCCUCGAUCCGCCCAUUUACAACGGUGCCGGCAAUGAAGACCACAACUCUGACUCUGACUAUAAUAUUGGCCGAGACCGAGACCAAGACCAAGACCAACGCUAUGGCCAAGACUAUGAUCAAGAGAAUGGCCAAGACUAUGACCAAGAGAAUGGCCAAGACCAUGCCCAAGAGAAUGGCCAAGAUCCUCGAUACGGCUACGAUAACGACCAGAGAAAUGAUCAAGACAAUGAAAACGAUCCUAGCUAUAACAGCGGCUAUGAUAAUGACCAGGACCGUCGCCCAGAGCAUGGCCAAGACCAUGAAGAUCCCAACUAUGAGAACGGCUAUAAUAAUGGCCAAGACAAUGGAAACGAUCCUAGCUAUAACAGCGGCUAUGAUAAUGACCAAGAUCGUCGCCCAGAGCAUGACCAAGACCAUCGAUAUGGCAAUGAUAAUGGCCAAGACAAUGGACGCGAUCCGAACUAUGGCCAGGAAGGCUACCAGGACCCGAGCGAAGGCCAGCAGAGUGGCGAGGAUAGUGUCCAUGACCCCGAGCAGGAUCCGCAGCCCGACUUUGGAGAGUGCUUAGAAAAUCCAGUUGAGGGCGUAUUCGUUUGUGCCGACCGCAGAAAACAGAUUAGAUGCUUUGAGUUCUGUUCUGGCCAGGCCAACUGUGAUGACCAGUCCGACGAGGACCCGCGCGUGUGUCAUCUCUUUGAGAAGAAAAAUGCGGAGAAAGAUCUUGAUGAGCCCCCAUACAAUCCAGCCAGCAUCGAUGUAGUGGAAGGCUCUGGCAAUAGCGAUCCAAUAAUGCCGGUUACCUACAUUUGUCAUGUCGAUGGGACGCGCAUCAGCGAUGAGAUGCGCUGCGAUGGCCACGACGAUUGUCCGUAUGGCGAGGAUGAGCAAAACUGUCCCGGCGAUGAGGAGAAAGAGUCGGAGCCCGAGCCCGAGCCCGAGCCAGAGUCUCUUGUUUGCUCUGAGAACGAAUUCAAGUGCGACGACGACUGUCGGCCGCUCUCCGCGCGCUGCGACGGCUACAAUGACUGUAAGGACCUGACUGACGAGGCCGGCUGCCCGCCCGGAACCGAUCCAUGGCAGGGCCUACCUAGCUCAGUUCAUGAUCCUGAGCAUGAGCGCGAAUCCGAGCCUGAGCCCGAGUCCGAGCCUGAGCCUGAGCCCGAGCCUGAGUCCAUCGAAUGCCAAGCCAAUGAAUAUAAAUGCCACAGCGGCACAUGCAUUGAUGCGAACAGACGCUGCAACAAUUAUGCGGACUGUCCAGAUGGCGAUGAUGAAGGCGAAGACUGCACGGCCGCCUGUAGCGCCAUGGAGUAUCAGUGCCAAGACGGUACCCGUUGUAUCAGCAUCAGCCAGCAGUGCGACGGCCAUGCCGACUGCAAUGACUCCGACGACGAGGAGCAUUGCGACGGAAGUGGUAACGAAUUCGAGAUCUGUGCGUACAACGAGUUCCGCUGCGGCAACGAUGAGUGCAUUCCGAUGCGCCAGGUAUGCGACAAUAUCUACGAUUGUAGCGAUUACACAGACGAACAGAAGUGUGACGUGGACAGCUAUGAUCGCGACACCUUCGACGACGAUGAAAUAAUUCGCAGCUAUGGCCAGCAUCAUCCGCAGAAGCCCAUUCGCCCGCCGCCCAUUAUAGGUCGAGGUGCGGGUAUGCACGAGCUCGAUGAGAGAGAGUACGAGCUCUACCAUCCGAAUAUCUAUGAGAAGAACAGCGCUCGAAUUCCGUGCGCCGCCGACCAAUUCAGGUGCGCCAACAACGUCUGCAUUCCCAUCUACCUCCGCUGCGAUCGCUUCUAUCAUUGCAAUGACAUGAGCGACGAGAUCGGCUGCGAUCGUUACGAGCCAGUCCAGACCACCCGGCGUCCCGUUCUCACCACCAGACCCGUGUGGCGCACUGACGCGCCACCCGUUGCUACCGGUUCGGGCCGAUGGCCUCCUCUGCAGCUGGAGCAGAGGACGACGACAACAACAAGAACAACGACCAGAACUAACUAUCAACCACUUCUAACCACACCACCGACAACAUCAGCGCCUGUGGCUCUGCCGACGAACAGCGGCUGUGCGCCCUAUCAGUUCCUGUGCAACGGCACCUGCGUCCAUCGGGCGCUCAGGUGUGAUGGCAAAUAUGACUGCAAUGAUCACAGCGAUGAGAGAAACUGCCCGGGUAGCAGCAGCAGAAACAGAAACAGACACAACAUCCACAAAACACCCACACACAGAUCCUGCCACCCCGGCGAGUGGCAAUGCGAGAAUUUUGAAUGCAUUAACAUUAAGUUUGUUUGCGACAAACAUUACGAUUGUGCGGAUAAUUCAGACGAGUUGCCGCACAGAUGCUUGGGAGAGGCCACCACACGCCUCAGCGCCGAAGAUUGCACCUCGGAGCAGUUCUUCUGCGACGACUCCUGCUUUGAUCGCUCCAUACGCUGCAACGGCAUUUCCGACUGCACAGAUCAUAGCGAUGAGCACGGUUGCCAUCCGUCGUAUGGCGGCGCCGGCCAUCCCCAUAACCCACGUCAUCCAUCGUACCCCCAUCUGCCUUGUCCACAGCACACGUGCCCCAGUGGCAGGUGCUACACCGAAACCGAACGCUGCGACGGCCGACAUCAUUGCGAGGAUGGUGCCGACGAGGCGAAGUGCUGCGGGGAGAAUCAAUUCCGUUGCCGCAACGGUGACUGCGUGGUGGGCUCUGCCUACUGUGAUGGCCAGAUACAGUGCCUCGACCAUUCCGACGAGGCCGACUGCACCGAAUGCGCACCUUACCAAUUCCGCUGUACCAACGGCCAGUGCAUUAGCAAUUCGGCUUAUUGCGACGGUCGCACAGACUGCCAGGAUAGCUCGGAUGAGCAAAACUGUCGUUCUCCCUCGGCUGGAAGCGAUCCUCAACUGAAUCUCAAGACCUAUCCCGAUUCCCAAACCAUCAAAGAAAGAUAUAUUAGGGAGGGACGCGAGGUAAUCUUCCGCUGUCGCGACGAAGGUCCAUUGCGCGCCAAAGUCAAGUGGUCGCGACCUGGAGGUCGGCCCCUGCCCGCCGGUUUCGUCGAUAGAAACGGACGCUUGGAAAUACCAAAUAUUCGUGUGGAGGACUCUGGAACUUAUGUGUGCGAGGCCAUUGGAUACCCACGACACGUGGCCGGUCAACAAGUGACCGUGCAGCUGAAUGUUGAACGUUACAAUGACCUGGAAUAUAUGCGCCCACCUACAGCUUGUAGUCAGUACCAAGCAACCUGCAUGAGUGGCGACUGUAUAGACAAGUCGCACAUUUGUGACGGCAUUCCGCACUGCGCGGAUGGUUCCGAUGAGCAUAGCUGUAGCCACGGCCGGAAAUGCCAGCCCAACCAGUUCAUGUGUAGCAACAGUAAGUGCGUGGAGCGUACCUGGCGCUGCGAUGGUGAGAACGAUUGCGGAGAUAACUCAGAUGAAGAAUCCUGCGACGUGGAGCCCAGUGGUGCACCUUGCCGCUACAACGAGUUCCAGUGCCGCAGUGGCCACUGCAUUCCUAAGGGCUUCCAAUGCGACGAUCUACCGGACUGUUCAGAUGGAAGUGACGAAAUAGGCUGCAUGGAGCCCGUGCCAAUACGUCCACCACCGCCAGGAAUGGCUCUGUUCGAAGGCCAGGCAUUAAAUCUCACCUGUGUGGCCACAGGCACUCCUGUUCCUACAAUUGUCUGGCGUCUUAACUGGGGACACGUUCCCGAUAAAUGUACCGCAAAGAGCUACGGCGGCACCGGCACCCUCUACUGCCCUAACAUGCUAUACCAGGACAGCGGCGCUUACUCCUGCGAGAUUAUUAACACGCGUGGUACUCACUUCGUCACUCCAGACACUAUCGUCAAGGUGACGGCCGAUCGCAACGACUACUGCCCAGCCGGUUUCUUCAACAUGCUGGCUCGCUCCAGAGAUGAUUGCAUUAAGUGCUUCUGCUUUGGUGUAGCGAGCACUUGCGAUAGCGCAAACCUCUUUACUUAUGCGAUCCAACCACCAAUUAUGUCACAACGUGUCGUCAACGUCGAGCUGAGCCCUUACACUCCGAUCGUUAUUAACGAAGCGCCCUCGAACAGCAUUUUCAAUCUGCACCAUGGCGUUCAGUUCCGUGCCUCAGACGUACAGUAUGGUGCUACCGAGACGCCCUACCUGGCACUACCCUCCGAGUACAUGGGCAACCAGCUUAAGUCUUAUGGCGGUAGUCUGAAGUACGAGGUCAACUACAUAGGGCAAGGCAAUCAAAUCAAUGCACCCGAUGUAAUCAUCACUGGCAACAGCUUCACCUUAACCCACCGCGUACGCCCUCAGCCACAGCCGAACUUGGCCAACAAGAUCAGCGUACAGUUUUUGCCAGGAAACUGGUUCAAGCCGGACGGUCGCAAGGCAACACGCGAAGAAAUCAUGAUGAUAUUGGCCAAUGUAGACAACAUACUUAUCCGAUUGGGCUACAUAGAUACCACUGAGCGUGAGGUAACGCUCACAAGCAUCGUGAUGGACUCCGCGGGCACAGCGGACCAGGGUCUAGGAUCAGCCUCGCUCGUCGAAAAGUGUAACUGCCCACGAGGCUACAUUGGCGAUUCUUGUGAGAGUUGCGCCCCAGGAUUUGUGCGACAGCCAGGUGGUCCUUGGCUCGGUCACUGCGUGCCGUACACUCCCAAGCCUUGCCCUGUUGGCACGUACGGUGAUGCCCGCCGUGGUGAGCAUUGCCGUGAAUGCCCAUGUCCCCAGACCGGGAACAACAAUUUCGCUAAUGGCUGCCAGUUGAGCCCCGAUGGAGAUGUCAUCUGCAACUGCUACGAAGGCUACACUGGACGCCGCUGUGAAAGCUGCGCCGCUGGCUACCAAGGCAAUCCAUUAGCACCGGGUGGCAGCUGUCAUAGAACACCAGAGUCCUCUUGCAAUGCUGAUGGAACCUACAGCGCCUAUGCCAACGGCACCUGCAAGUGCAAAUCACUCGUAACUGGCGCCCACUGCGACACUUGUGCCCCCAAAUCAUUCCAUCUUAAUCACUACACUGAAACGGGAUGCUUUGAGUGUUUCUGCGGUGGCUUGCAGGUUGAGUGUGGCAGCACGUCGUGGUAUCGCGACCAAGUCGUCUCGAGCUUUGGUCGAACACGCGCACCCCAUGGCUUUAACCUUGUCCGCGACUACACCAAUCCCGUGGAUUUGCCAUUUGUAACCUCAGCCAACGACAUCAGCUUCAGUGAGAUCUCAGAGCCCAGCUCAGAGACGCUGUACUGGAGCUUGCCUGCUUCGUUCCUGGGUAACAAACUUACCGCUUAUGGCGGCAGGCUUAACUAUACUAUAAGCUACAGUCCACUGCCCGGCGGUCAGCUGUCUCGCAACAAUGCGCCCGAUGUAGUUAUCAAAAGCAAUGAAGAUCUAGUUCUUUUCCACUAUCGCAAGUCCCACGUUAGUCCAAGCACUUCCACUUCCUAUGCUGUAUCAAUCAUCGAAAGCGCAUGGCAACGAUCUGAUGGUCAAUUGGCAGACCGGAAGCACCUGCUCAUGGCCCUAAGCCACAUUGCCGGCAUCUUUAUCAAAGCCACGUACACCACCAGCACCAAGGAAGGUACACUUAAGCAAGCCGUUCUAGACAUCGCCACAUCAACAAAUCUAGGCUCCCAACGCGCCUAUGAGGUAGAGGAAUGCCGUUGCCCUGAGGGCUAUAUCGGUUUGUCCUGCGAACGCUGUGCACCUGGAUACAAGCGUAGUGAGGGCGGCCACUAUCUGGGACUGUGUGAGAAAUGUGAAUGCAAUGGUCACUCCUCGCAAUGCGAUGCUGAGACCGGAGUCUGUCUUGACUGCGACCACAACACUGAAGGUGAAAGCUGCGAGCGCUGUGCCGCUGGCUAUAUCGGUGAGGCGUCCAAUGGCUCACCAUAUGACUGCCAACCGGACUAUGAACAAAGACCAGAACCACCACAGCCAGAUCCAGGCAACCAGACCACGUGCGCCUAUUGUAACAGAGAUGGUACGGACAGUUGUGAACAAGACUACUGCUAUUGCAAGCAAAACGUGCAGGGUAGAUACUGUGAUCAGUGCAGACCCGGCACGUAUGGCCUCUCAUCUGGCAAUCCCGACGGCUGUGAGGUGUGCUAUUGUUCUGGCCAGUCAACACAGUGCCGUUCUGCCUCAUUAUACCGCACACUUAUACCCGUGGACUUUAUUACCAGUCCGCCAAUCAUUACGGAUGAGGACGGUCAGUCCUAUGGCGAUGAUAAUCUAAACUUUACCUUAGCUACGAACGAAUAUGUCUACUCGUAUCCCACUUACUCCCCCAAAUACUGGAGUCUUCGUGGCUCCGUGCUCGGCAACCAGUUGCGCUCGUACGGUGGUCAUCUCCAGUAUAUUUUGGAGGUGCAGACCUCCGGUCACUACCAACCCGGCAUUGAUGUGGUGCUCAUUGGCAAUGGACUGAAGCUACUGUGGUCUCGCCCCAACAACGAGGCCGAUAGCAUUGACUACACAGUACUGCUGCAUGAGGAUGGUGAUUGGCAGCGAAAGGACUUCGGACGCGUCGUUCCUGCCACACGCAGUGACUUCAUGAGCGUGCUGAGCAACCUGGAGCAUAUCCUGAUACGCGCCACCCCCCAAAUACCCACCCUACGCACGGCCAUACGUGACGUUAUUCUCGAAACAGCGGUUGAACAGCCCAGUCCAGACGCUCGUCAAGCCAUCGAAAUCGAGUUGUGCCAGUGCCCAUCCAGCUACACCGGCAACUCCUGCGAGAACUGCGCUCCACUACACUACCGAGACGAAAGCAACAAUUGCCGGGCCUGCCCUUGCCAGGAGUCAACGAGCAACAGCUGCGCAUUGAGCAGCAGUGGCUUUGUCGAAUGCCAAUGCAAGCCCCGCUACACUGGCGACCGUUGCCAGCUAUUCGACAAUGGCCAGAUACAGCCACCAACUACGGAGCCACCAGAAGAUCCCCGCACAAGGAUCACAGUUUCUAUAGCUAAGCCAGAGAUAACCAUUGUACCGGUAGGCGGAUCGCUGACGCUCAGCUGUACAGGCCGCUUGGCUUGGAACAAUCGCCCUGUGGUGGUCAACUGGUACAAGGACAACAGCGCCCUGCCUGUGGAUACGGAAAUCGAUGGAGGCACAAUACACCUCCACAAUCUGCAGAUUGCAGACUCGGGCAUCUACAUCUGCCAGGCCAUAAGCGAAGAUACAUCACGCGUCGCCGAGGACAAGGUGUCCAUCACAAUAACAGAGAGUUCUCAACGUGCGCCCGCCGAGAUUACAAGGUUGCCAAGCUACGUUACCUUUGAGGAGUACCAACCCAACGAAAUAGUGUGCGAGGUUAGGGGUAACCCCACCCCUGUUGUUACCUGGACACGUGUUGAGGGUCAGGUCGAUGGACACACGCGCACAGACGGCACGCGUCUCAUCUUCGACUCCCCCCGUAAGUCAGAUGAGGGAAGCUACAGAUGCCGCGCCCAAAACAGCCUCAACAGUGAUGAGAAAUACGUGCAGCUCUACGUUCGUGCCAAUCAGCCACCACAGCCGCCACAACGCGAACGCGUCUAUGUGGAGCCGGAGUCCUACAACGGCGAGACUGGCGAGAGUGUGCGCCUUAUGUGCCAAUCCACGGGCGGCGCCCAAUUGCAGUACGACUGGCGGCACGACGGUUACCCAGUGACUCAUCAGUACAACGUCAUCGUCAGUGGCAACACGCUGGAGAUUCGCGAUGCAACUAUUCGCGACUCGGGCACCUACACGUGUGUAGGCUAUGAUUCGCGCAACCGACGCAACUACACCGGCGAUGCGCAGGUGAUCAUUGAAGAGCGCCAAAUACCACCCAUUUCGGACAGCAUUCGGCCUAAAAUAUCGCGUCUGCCUGAGCAGAGCCUGGUAGACCAGGGCCAUGACUUCAUGCUCACGUGCGAAGCCAGUGGCACUCCACAUCCCACUGUCAAGUGGACUAAGGUGCACGAUCGGUUGGCCGACAAUGUCCACCAAAGCGGCAACGUGCUGCGCAUUAUGAACGCGAACAGCGAGAACCGCGGAGUGUAUCUCUGCAUUGCUGAGAACAUACACGGAUCUGAUCAAGCCAGCACUUAUAUCGAGAUUGAAGCUCGGGAGGCGCCGAGCGUUGAAAUCGAGCCGAAAGCGCCGCAAACGCACCAAGUCGGCGCCCAGGGUAUGCUCUACUGUCGCAGCAAUGGCAUACCGGAGCCGACGGUGCAGUGGCGCCGCGUCGAUGGCCUGCCGCUCUCGCCACGACACAAGGAGCUCGCCCCUGGCUAUAUACUCAUUAACGAUAUACAAAUUGCCGAUGCCGGCGUAUAUGAAUGCCAAGCUGAAAAUACCGUUGGACGUGCCACAGGUAGAACUACAGUGAACGUAAUCGAGAUUCCUCAGAUCACAAUCGAGCCCAACGAGUCCCUGUAUCGCGUUACUGAAGGGGACGAGGUUCGUGUGACUUGCAUCGCGAGCGGCUAUCCCAACCCCAGUGUGCAUUGGGACAUUGGUCAGCCGGAAGCGUUAAGUAGCGGCCAAAACACGGCCUACCUCAACAUAUAUCGCGUCUCGCAGUCCGAUUCCAGGGUAUACACAUGCACGGCCGUCAACGAGGCUGGUACUGAUCAGGCACAGAUUACCAUUGAUGUUCAACCAAAGCGCGGCGAUAUCGGAGACUUUGACGGAGAUGUAGAGCGGGAGCCCGACCGCCAAAUAUACCAUCCACAGCGUCCACAGGACAUAUGGCAGUACCCAGCUAACAUUGGAGACACUGUACAGCUGACGUGCGACCUGACCGGCCCUCAAGGCCUCACUUCAAAGUGGGAGCGCGGCGACGGUCAGCAACUGCCCGCGAAUGCACGUAUCGAUCAUAAUACAUUGAUCAUCGACUCCGUUGAAGAGCAGAACUUUGGCCAGUAUCGAUGCAACGGCUAUGAUGACCGCGGCAUACUCGUCGCCUAUGUAGUGCGCGACUUGAGGCUAAUCCCACUGCCACGCAUCACCUUCCAUCCAAACAUACCAUUGGUUGUGGAGGCCAACAAGGACGUACAGAUCUACUGCGAAGUGACAAACGCUCACCCAGAGAAUGUGCAUUGGACCGCGGACAACAAUCGUCCACUGCCUAGCUCCGUCAUUAUCGAUAACCAGUAUCUACGGUUCACAUCCAUUACACCGGCCGACGCGGGCGUCUAUCGCUGCACGGCCUCCAACGAGUACGGCAAUACAUCGAAGAACGCCCAAGUGGUGGUCAAACCGCCCUCCUCCUACCAUCCACUCCCACAAGCGGAGCAGCAGAUCCAACAUGAGGGAGACAACAUUAAUCUGAAGUGUGACACGCAGCGCAGCGAGCUGCAAUCCAACAUCAGGGUGAAAUGGUAUCGUGAGGAUCGACGUCCACUGCCACCGGGCUCCAUUAUCACGGACGAUGUGCUCCACCUGCGCUACCUGAGUGCACAGGAUGCUGGUCGCUACAUAUGCGACUCGUACGAUGUAAGGAGCGGCCAGAGUCUGCCGCCGUCCUCCGUCGACUUGGUUGUACUGCCAAAAAAACCCAAGUUCAAUAUUUUUAAGGGGAAGCACAGCGUUAAUGAAUUGCCUUGCAUGGUUUUCUAUAUAUGUGCAGACUUUAAGCCUAGCAAAACAUUAGCAGCUAACAAGCCGCUGGCCACGCCACGCCCCCUCACGCCCUACACCUGCCAGCCGAGCGACUUCAAGUGCGUCUCGCACCCCCACACCUGCAUCAAGGCCAAUAUGGUUUGUGACGGGAUCCACGACUGCACCGACCACUCCGACGAGUUCAACUGCACACGCGACUAUGCGCUGAAGAGCGGUGGCGGCGGGGAGAUCGCCACCAAGGCAGUGGUCAGUAGUCCGACAUCGGGUGCGGGCACGGGUCUGGGGAGCAGCGGUUUCAAGCGCUGGAAAAAGAGCCACAAGCAGAAGAGACAUCACCUCUGGGAGCAACAGCUGAAUGGGGAGCAGCGACUAUUGCGCCUGCGGCAAAAGAAGCAUCACUGGAAGCGCGUCCAACAGUUUUUACCACGCAAGAGUGAAGUUGUGCAGCUGGCCAGGAAUGUCGCUGAAGUGGCGCCCACACCCCGCUACCCUUACCUGCCACCCCCGGCGGUCACCGCCGAGCCGGAGCCGCAAAGACCGCGCGACUACAGCCUGAAACUGGACCAGCAGUCAUCGAAUCUACAGGUCGGUGAAUCCACCGAAGUCGAAUGCUACUCCUCCGACAGCAGCUACACCGACGUCAUUUGGGAGCGAGCCGAUGGAGCACCCCUAUCCGCCCACGUUCAGCAAGUGAACAACCGCCUGGUAUUCGCCGAUGUGACAGCCGCCGAUGCCGGAAACUAUGUAUGCAAGUGCAAAACUGACAACGGCGAUCUCUACACCACCAGCUACGAGCUGACCGUAGAAGGAAGCCCACACGAGCUGAAACGCCCAAAAAUCGUGCACGCAAAGGUAGGAGCCGAUGCCCAGCUGCAAUGCGGUGCCGAUGAGAGCCGUAACCCUAGUCGACGCUGGUCUCGCCAGUACGGUCAUAUGCAAUCGGGUCGCACCAUUUUGAGCGAGACGCUGAAGCUCGAAGAUGUGCAGGCCAAUGAUGCGGGCACCUACAUUUGUACGGCAGUACACAAUGAUGGAGAGUCUAUUGAUUAUCCCACGAUUUUGGUGGUGACCGGAGCUAUUCCGCACUUUCACCAAACACCGCUGAGCUACAUGAGUUUCCCACCCCUUUCCGAUUCCUCAUUCAAGUUCAAUUUCGAGAUUACCUUCCGGCCCGAGGCGGCCGAUGGGUUGCUCCUCUUCAAUGGUCAAACCCGCGGCACUGGUGACUAUAUUGAGCUCUCGCUAAAAGACCGCGUUCCUGAGUUCAGUUUCAACUUCGACGGAAAGCCAAUGCUUAUUCGGGCCGAGAGGCCCGUGACCCUCAACGAAUGGCAUACAGUGCGUGUUCAUCGCUCGCGCCGCGACGGCUACAUGGAGGUGGAUGAUCAGCAUCCAGUGGCCUUCCCCACACUGGCGCAGGUGCCUCCGCUCGAUCUUAUUGAGGACCUAUACAUUGGCGGCGUACCGAACCGGGAUCUGAUGCCCACAGGACAUGUCCAGAAGUCCCCAGGCUUUGUGGGAUGCAUUAGCCGACUAACGCUACAGGGUCGCACCAUUGAAUUAAUGAAGGACGCCAAGCUCAAGCAGGGUGUUACUAGCUGCAAGCCCUGUCUCCAAAAUCCCUGCUCCAACGGUGGCAUCUGUCUGGAGAGUCAGACGGAGUUGGCUUACACUUGCAUCUGCCAGCAGGGAUGGACGGGCCGCAAUUGCGCCGUCGAAGGCACCCAAUGCACACCCGGCAUUUGCGGUGCCGGUCGCUGCGAGAACACCGAUACCGGCACUGAGUGCCUAUGUCCGCUAAAUCGCACAGGCGAUCGCUGCCAGUAUAUAGAGCAUCUUAACGAGCACAGUCUGAACUUUAAGACGAACAGCUAUGCGGCCUACAGCACGCCACGUGCCUCGCGAAUUAACAUAACCCUAUCAGUACGGCCAGCUAGUCUAAACGACGCUGUGCUGCUGUACGCUGCGGAGUCUAAGUUGCCAAGCGGGGACUUUUUGGCUCUGGUGCUGCGAGACGGCCACGUAGAGCUGAUCAUCAAUACAGGAGCCCGUUUGAAGCCGGUGGUUGUGCGCUCCGCUAGUCCGCUGCCGUUGAACAGCUGGACCCGCAUCGAGCUAGUACGUCGUCAGGGCGAGAGCAUACUGCGAGUGGGCGAUGAGCCCGAACAGCGGGCAAAGGCUUCGGGCGCCGCACGUGCCCUUUCCAUCAAGACCUCACUGUAUGUGGGCGGCUACGAUCGCUCAACAGUGAAAGUUAACCGGGACGUGAAUAUCACGAAUGGUUUCGAUGGCUGCAUUUCCAAGCUGCACGACUCUCAGCGUGCCAUUCACCUGCUUGCCGAUAUUGUGGAUGCUGCAAACGUACAAAACUGCGGCGAAAUUAAUGAAAUCGGAAACAAUGACAAUUUCGACGGCGACAACGACGACGACACCGAUGACGAAGAGCUGCCGGUUGCCCCACCCCAUUUAGUAUCUCCCACCCAGGGAUUCGCAGACCACGAACCCAUCAUACAGCGGCCUUGCGAAAGCGAGCCCUGUGAGAACGGCGGCACUUGCAGCGAGCAAGGCAAAAUAGCAGUGUGCUCAUGUAAGGUCGGCUACGGUGGCAAGCACUGCGAAGAACAUAUCGAAAUCAACUACAAUGCCUCGUUCCGCGGCAAUGGCUACCUGGAGAUCAAUCGCAACCAGUUCGAUGACUCCAUUGAGCAGAGCUAUACCUAUGCGGCCGUUCUGUUCUCCACAACCAAGCCGAAUGGCCUGCUUCUCUGGUGGGGUCAGCCAGCCGGUGAGGAAUUCACAGGACAAGACUUUAUUGCGUUAGCUGUUGUCGAUGGCUACAUCGAGUACUCAGUGCGUCUGGAUGGCGAGGAGACGUUCAUUCGCAAUGUUGCAGGCCGCGUUGACGACGGCAAGCGGCAUAUCGUAAUAAUAAAGCGCACAGACAACACUGCCAUGCUGGAGGUCGACCAUGUCGUCGAUGUGGGCGAGACACGGCCUACGGGCACGAAAGCCAUGCGUCUGCCGGGCAAUGUGUUCAUCGGUGGCAUACCCGACAUCGCUCAGUUUACAGGACAACGAUAUAAGCACAACUUUAAUGGCUGGGUGCAUAUGGUCGAGGGCGAAGCCGUGGGCCAAGUACGGCUGGGCAACACGGCUGUCAAUGGCGCUAAUGUCGACGCCUGUCCAGUUAAUAACUGGUACCCUUCAAGCCUCGUCUAUCAUAAGUUCGAUUUCGACGACUUUCGCUUCGAUCCCACGUACUUCGACGAGCUCGAUCAGCCACCGCCGGUGCACAUUAUGCAUCGACAACCCGCCUUCAACACCAUGUACCAUAGUGUGGGAUCGGGCGGGGAUGGAAGCGGGAGUGGGGGCUUACUUUGUAGUGGGUGGACUUACGGGCUGUUUAUAGCUCCCAGGGCUAUAGCCGUGACACUAGCUGUUACAUUUUUGCGACUACCCGCCCCAAGCUAAGACCAUUCUGAGAGGGAGCAGUGGGUCCAAACUAUCUGUGUGAAGAGGCAGAUGCAAAUGCAAAUGCAUGAGGCACUUAGUCGGUGCAAAUAAUGGUGCCAUAUCAUUGCUAAAUACCAUGUUAUAUAUUCAAGCUAUAUCAAAAACCGAUACAUAUAU